AUGAGUGAAGCACAGGCCAGUUUACGUGUGUGUGAUGGGGGGAUUGCUAUCCCACAUGUAGCAACGAAGCUGCUUGCUAUGGCGGCCAAUGCGGUCGGUAAAUGGGCAUCUUUUUCGAAUGGGCCAGCUCGAGUCGCGGGUGACAUUUUGCUGGCAAGGAGAGCUGGAGUUGAUGUGUACCUUACUCCGGAUAAGCCAUGCACAACCCCUAAGUGUUUUACGGUCUCCGACACCAUGUGGGCCAGCGGAGCAGCUGUGGUUCGUGGUGUGCAUAGCGUCCCUAUUGAUUUGUCUAAUGCUGGAUGUGUUGCAGCAACUGAGUCUCUCUUGCGUCGGCAUAUUUCAGCUGCCUACUGGGAGGGCGAUACGUUAACAUUUCGUAUCGAUACUGCCACGGACGUCAAUAUACCUCUCCUGCGGCGUGGAGAACAGUGGCAAACGCUUCAUGAUCUCCUGACUUGGAUAUGGCACGGAGAUGGAACCAUAAAGUUCGAGCUUCAGCGUUCACGGUCACCGGCUAUUCGGCGUGCGGUCUCGGUCCUGUGCAAGGCGAUUGUGUGCAAUUAUCCCACGCUUUUCCUUCAACCGCGCUCACCAUCGCUCUUGAGACCGAUUGAUGCUAGCACGUCGUCGAAUCUUUCGUGGCGCCUUUCUGAAAAUGCAAAGAGCAUUGUCUUCUCGAAUAACACGAUCGUGUAUACAUCAGUCCCAGUCCAGUCGCGGUAUGACUGUGAACUCCGAGCCCGUGCAGACAUCAAUAAGCGGGACUUCCGCUUUCAUGAUCAUCCUGCAUUGUCGCGACUUGUGCAGCUUCACACCUGGGCUAAUUGGCGUUUUAAUCGGGCGCGGUACAAGGAGGCUGUGUCCGGGCAGCGUUUGGCACAGGGGACUGUGGAGAGAGAUCGGGCAAUCGCUGUUCAAGCUACAAAUAAUAAGGACCUGCAUGAUGCACUAUCCCAGCUGGGUUGGCGUGACAUUCGGGCAGUGAAGGGAGCUGGGGCUUCUACGGUCCAGACACUUUUUCGAUUGAAGGCCAACAAGCUGAAUUUAUGGAACUAUGUGCACAGUGACCGUUCUUGUCCACAUGGCGAGUGUCCCCGAGACGUACCUAUUAGCCUUCAACACGUCUUCUGGGAGUGCCCUAUUGCGAAGGCAGCAUGGAAAGACUUUGACAUUCGAUGGAGGCGUCUCGGCGACAACGUGCCUGCUAACCUUAUUGAAUCGUGCUUCAGUUUGGACCUAGACGAUACGCCGACACGUGCGUGGCGAACGGUAUGUGAUCAUGUUCGUGCUGCAGGUACCGAGCAUUGUGAUGUUUUGUACGAGGUUUCCAGGGAUUUGUCGAGGCUGACGGUGGCGGCGACAAUUCAAGCCAUCUGGUGUGCGCUACUUCGUCUCCGCCACGAGCCAGAUGCGCUUCAAUCGACAUUGCGGGCGGUAAUUUGCGUUACAGUAGACAAUGCCUUGCGCGAUUUGGUUUCAUUGAGUUAUAAAUUCGACACGGAUAUUUCAAAACUUCCGAAGAAUGCCGCUACCAGGGCGCUGGCUGAUCGUCUCAAGGGGACGAUUAACGGGACGAUUCUCUCGCCACCGAUUCGAGACCGGAGCGCCUACGUGCUUUUUUUUAUGGCGGCUCGCGUGGUAAUCCCGGUCCAGGCGGAUCCGGUUCGGUCAUGGUCUGUGUUGAUCUGGACACGCGAGCAUCAGAGAUUACCUGGGCGGCGAGCAUGUCAUAUGCGCAUAACAGCACAGCCAACAACAUGGCGGAAUAUUGGGGGCUUAUUCAUGGCCUCCGUCACGCUGAAACUAGACAUCUCACACCAUUGUACGUGGUCGGUGACAGCUCUUUAA